CAUAUGAUUGAAAGUGGUAACGAUGUGCUAGCGAAUGUAGAGCAUCAAUCAUGCAACAUGAGUAAUAAUAUGUGUGAGCGAAAGUGGUAUCAACAUGCAACAGGAAAAAUUGCAAUGCAGCAAGAACAAUUAUGA